CGGCCCCGCGGCCCCCCGUGAGCCGGGGACUCCCGGGACAGGCCGUGCGCGAGAAGUCGGGGAACGGGCGGCAGCAGCACCGACCAGCCGGCCGUGAUCCCGGGCGGCUCCGGGGCGCGCCCGCGGCUCCAGGUCUUUCCCGGAGCCGCUGCCAUGGGAGAGCCCGCCCUGGGCGUCGGGGACCAGCCGCCGCUGCCGCUGCCGCCGCGCCCGCCUCGGAGCCGCGGCCCCAGUCCCCGCGCCCGAAGCCGGCCCGCCGCGUCCCGGUCCUGGGCUGCAGGGCCGCCUCCGCCGCGCCGCGGGCCCCGGCUGUGCCUGUGAUGAGCCGCAGCCCGCCGCGAGCCCUGCCCCCGGGCGCGCCCCCCCGGCUGCUCCCGGCCGCGCCUGCAGCCGCGCCGCGCGCCCUGCUCUCGCCGUGGCCCCGGCGCCCGGGCCGUCGCUGGCCCGCGUCCCCGCUCGGAAUGAAGGUGUUCCGCAGGAAGGCGCUGGUGCUGUGCGCGGGCUACGCGCUGCUGCUGGUGCUCACCAUGCUCAACCUCCUGGACUACAAGUGGCACAAGGAGCCGCUGCAGCAGUGCAGCCCCGACGGGCCGCUGGGCGCCGCGGCGGGGGCGGCUGGGGGCGGCUGGGGGCGCCCGGGCCCCCCCCCGGCGGCGCCGCCCCGCGCACACACCCGCCUGGACCCCCGUACUCCGUUCCGCCCUCCUGCCGCCGUCGGGGCGGCCCCCGCCGCUGCAGCCGCCGCCGCCGCCGCAGCCGCCGCAGCCGCCGCCGCAGCCGCAGGCGCAGCAGCCGGGGCCGCGGGGGCCGCGGGGGCCGCGGGGGCCGGGGCCCCUCCCCGCAAUGGCACUCGGGGCCCCGGGGCCGGCGGAGACAAGAGGCAGUUGGUGUACGUGUUCACCACGUGGCGCUCGGGCUCAUCGUUCUUCGGUGAGCUCUUCAACCAGAACCCCGAGGUGUUCUUCCUCUACGAGCCGGUGUGGCACGUGUGGCAAAAACUGUACCCGGGGGACGCGGUUUCCCUGCAAGGGGCCGCGCGGGACAUGCUGAGCGCGCUCUACCGCUGCGACCUCUCGGUCUUCCAGCUGUACAGCCCCGCGGGCAGCGGGGGGCGCAACCUCACCACGCUGGGCAUCUUCGGCGCGGCCACCAACAAGGUGGUGUGCUCGUCGCCGCUCUGCCCCGCCUACCGCAAGGAGGUCGUGGGGCUGGUGGACGACCGCGUGUGCAAGAAGUGCCCGCCGCAGCGCCUGGCGCGCUUCGAGGAGGAGUGCCGCAAGUACCGCACGCUGGUCAUCAAGGGCGUGCGUGUCUUCGACGUGGCCGUGCUGGCGCCGCUGCUGCGCGACCCUGCCUUGGACCUCAAGGUCAUCCACCUGGUGCGCGAUCCGCGCGCCGUGGCCAGCUCGCGCAUCCGCUCGCGCCACGGGCUCAUCCGCGAGAGCCUCCAGGUGGUGCGCAGCCGGGACCCGCGAGCCCACCGCAUGCCCUUCCUGGAGGCCGCCGGCCACAAGCUGGGCGUCAAGAAGGAGGGCGUGGGCGGCCCGGCGGACUACCACGCGCUUGGCGCCAUGGAGGUGAUCUGCAACAGCAUGGCCAAGACGCUGCAGACGGCGCUGCAGCCCCCCGACUGGCUGCAGGGCCACUACCUGGUAGUGCGGUACGAGGACCUGGUGGGAGACCCCGUCAAGACCCUGCGGCGGGUGUACGACUUUGUGGGGCUGCUGGUGAGCCCCGAAAUGGAGCAGUUUGCCCUCAACAUGACCAGCGGCUCGGGCUCCUCCUCCAAGCCUUUCGUGGUGUCGGCGCGCAAUGCCACGCAGGCCGCCAACGCCUGGCGGACGGCCCUCACCUUCCAGCAGAUCAAGCAGGUGGAGGAGUUUUGCUACCAGCCCAUGGCGGUGCUGGGCUACGAGCGGGUCAAUAGCCCCGAGGAGGUCAAAGACCUCAGUAAGACCCUGCUCCGCAAGCCCCGGCUCUGAGAGGGUUUCCUGGGAGACCCGACUCCCUGUGGAGACAACACCCACGGGAGGACUGUGGUGUAUUUAAACAAAACAGCCGAGACCCAAAACUGAGGAAGCCCACAUAUUCUAUUAUAGAUAUAUAAUAUAAAUAACCACACAGGCACUUGCUGUCAAUGUUUUGAGUCAUUGAAUUUCAAGGAACAGCCACAAUACACACCCAUCUCAGAAAAGGCAAGACUUGAAAGUUCUGACCCGCUCCCCUCCUCUCCACUCCCCUGCCUUUCCUCCCCUCUCCUCCCCUCUCCUCCCUUCUCCUCCCCUCUCUCCUACCCGCCUUCCGCUUUGAAGUGGGAUGUUGAUUCCAUCAAGGCCCAGUCCCCUAAAUCUUGUUUACAAAACGUUCGUGGUAUCUGUGAACAUGUAAAAGAGUAAUUUGGAUGUGAGGGGUGGGGUGGAGAAAGGAGAAGUCGUCCAGGAGCUCAGAGCUCCGGAUUGGGCAUGAUAAACCAAGGAGGCAUUCUUCUAAAAGUAGAUUGUGUUAAAAAAAAAAAAAAAAACAAAGGUUAUUCGUGAGUAUUAAUAAAAAAAAAGAUAAUAAAUAAUAUUCUUUUUAC